AUGAAGUCUAAACGAAUUGAUUCUGAAGGAGCUUUAUGUAUGGAUUACCAGAAAAACCUUAUAUUGCCAAACAUCACAACAAAUGAUGCAUAUUACAAAAGAAAACUUGGCUCACCGAGUGAAAUUGACAAUUCUGAGUAUCACGGGGAUGGUGGGCCCACCCAUGCUGGAAACCGUAGUCGUGGUCGUGGAGGUCGUGGAGGUCGCGAAGGUCGUGUAGUUCGCGGUGGCCGUGGUGGUAGUCGUGGCCGUGGCAGUCGUGGAGACCGCGGAGGACGUGGAAACAGUGGAGAAACGGUGGAUGAAGUUAGGAGUGACCUAGAUCUAGUUCGCGCUCAAAGGCAAGUAACAUAG